CCUAAUACUUAUAGAACAAUGACUGGAUAUCAUAAAUCAACUAAACUUGAAUAUUAUAAUAGUUUUAAAUAUUUUUGUCGACCAAUUGUACCAUUUUUAGUAUCAAAAGUACAAAAUGUAAACAUUCCAAUUCAUUUUAAUCAUAAUAUUCUAAGUGAUAUAGUGACAAAUGCACAGAAACAAUGUUAUGUAUUUUCACCUAAAUCAGUACCAUUUAGAAAUAUAGGAACUCAAACAGAUUAUCGAGAUAGCGAAUCACAAACUAUUCCUUGGGAACCUCCAUAUAAAAUUGAAACAGGACAUUAUCCUGAAGCAUUAUCAAUAGCACACUUAACUUGGAAUCAUGGAUUACAAAUUGAUAUUCAUGAUUUAGAAAUUAUUAAAAGAAUGAGAAAAAAAAAAGCAUGGGAAGCAAUUCUUCCACCUAUGCAUACAUUAACUAAUAUAAAAAAGCGAACAGCUAUAAUAAAUGCAUUGGAAAUAGAUGAAUGGGCAUUUAGAGAAUCAGAAAUUCAAGCAAUAAUGGAUUAUAGACUUGAAUUAAUGGAUAAAAUAUCUGUAUCACAUGAACAUGAGAAACAAAAAAGAAUUCAAGGUCGUUUAGAUAGAUUGAAAAACAAUUUAUGUAUGCAUAGAAAUAAAGAAGUAAAUUCCAUUAAACAUAAACUAAGGCGAGAAUUAAGAAAAUUAUAUAAAAAACAUCAACAGAGGUCUCAACCUUUUAAACACAAUAUUAUUGAAGAACAUGCUAACCCAUCUUCUGAAUUAUAUGCACCACAAAUGCAUUGUGGUGAACAUCCUAAACAAAGGCAUGAAGUAAUAGAAAAAGAGUUAUUAGGAGAAAGCUCUAUUAAAAAUAUGACUGACAUAAGUACAUUACCAACUUGGCUUCCAACACAUGAAGAACUGCGUCUAAUAAAGCCAAAACCAAAAUCAGAUGAGCUCUGUAUCAGAGCAACAAGAUGGACAAAAGAAAAACUCAGUCAAUUACAUUGUGAUUUGAAAGCAAUUAGGUUAAGCACUGCAACUAUUGAAGCACCAAUACUAUUAAAGCGCAAGUACAAAUUACCAUCUCUACCUCCUACACCAUAUAAAUCAAGCACAGAAAAUGCAAUAACUAUUCGUCUACAUCAAUUAUCUAUGCUUAUUCAGAAAAUAAUCAGAGGAAGAGCUAUUCAGUGCAUGAUGUUUGAAGGUCGCAAUAGAUGUAGAGAAUUAAUUGAAGAAUUACAAUCAUCCCAUGGAUUAGAGGAACAUAGUAAAAAACAGCAUCAAAAAGAGAAAGGACGCACAUUAGAAUUACAACAUUUACAAAGUGAAAAAUUCAUGCAAGAAGAUCGUUUAUGUGAAAUUCUGAAUUCCUUAGAAGGAAUGACUAUAUCAGGAAUGCUAGAUUUUCUUAACAAAGAAUUAAUAAGAUUAGAAGAUGAACGCCGAAUACAUGCUUUUGCGUUGUUAACUGAAAGAAAAAGAGCUAUGAGAGAGGCAGCAGAAGCUGGAAGGCGCCAACUAGAAUAUAAUCGCCGUAGAGAAUUUGAUGAAAUGUUUAGACAAAUUAUAAAGGUUAACCAAGAAUCUGUGGAAAGUUACUUAGAAGAUAUAAUAAAGAAAGGCAUUGAAUGGGUUUCUGAUGAAGCAGCUAAAGCAUAUAUUUCGGACUUAUGCAACAAUGUAGAUAAUAUAUCAAAAGCUGCACAAAACAAUGCAACAAAAUUAGCAGAAGAAGAAAUGGUAGCUAAUAUGAUCUACAAUUUUGUAUUGCCUAAAAUAGAGAGAACUACAGUACGAAAAAAUAUAAAAGAAAAGCAACAAGCUUAUUUGCAGACUGCACAUGCUGUAAUUUAUAAAGAAAUAUUAAACUUACCACCUAUUGAAGAUAAACAUUUAUAG